GACCGUCCAUACAACUCUACUUUUGACACCGGCGCCUGCUGGACUGCUCCCUUCCGGGACGGUCUACCUACUCCCCCGCACGAUAUGGCUGGUCCCAGCUCUGCAGCUAUAGCUAGGUACCGUGACUUGGGAUUGCCUAGCAUCUGGAGGAAAUCCAAUGUGUCUGACAAUCAUGCACGACCUCACUUGGAUUCUGCUUCGUCUUCAAUGGUACAUACUAUGAAGCCAGAGAUUCACCGGGUGGUGAAGUCCGAUAAUACCCCUGCCUCAGAGUCUGUGCACAAGAAAUCCAUCAGUGGCUCACAGUUGCGCAUUCCUUCGACUAUUAAUAAUAGCAAGAGCAGUCUGGCUGAAUUUGCAGCCCAGAUGACUUGUCUGUUCUGGUUUGAAAAGACGUCGAAAUUACAAUCCAUCGAAAACCGAUCUCAUCCUGUGCCAUUUCCUCUCGGUCCUGGAGCGAUUCCUACCCCGGGUUUCCAAAAAUGGGUGUCAAGCAUUCUCUCCACCACACAAGUCAGCCAGAAUGUUAUCCUCCUUGCUCUUCUCUUCAUCUACCGACUCAAGAAGUUCAAUGCUGGUGUCAAGGGCAAGAAGGGCAGUGAAUACCGGUUGAUGACGGUCGCCUUGAUGCUCGGCAAUAAAUUCCUCGACGAUAACACAUACACCAAUAAGACUUGGGCCGAGGUCUCUGGAAUUGCCGUGCAGGAGAUCCACGUCAUGGAGGUUGAGUUUCUCAGCAACAUUCGCUACGACCUGUUCUGCUCGGAGGCCGAAUGGUCACGGUGGCACACCAAACUGGGCCUGUUUGGUGAUUACUUCAACGAGGCCUCGAUGAUUACUUUGGAGGAUCACUCGAUUCCCCAUGUCUCACCUCAUCGAUUAUUGCCGCCAUCGCCCCCAUCUAAGUUGCCGUCCCCACCAACCGAUGUGUUUCGACCACAGUCUCAGCCCAACUGGUAUAUGCCUGUUCCAGGACUGCCAUAUCCUGUCCCUGCACAAUUGGGUGACGUGCCAAUGGUUCCCCGCAAGCGAAGCCGCGAUGAUGAGACUGAGACGCAACCCUCCAAGCGAGUGGCACACACGGUGCAAAACCCUGCUACUGCCCCACCUCACUUGGCCAUUCCUAAUCUGCCGCCUGUUCUGACACCGACAUCUGUCGCCCCAGGACCAGUGGCAGGGACCUCACGCCUCCCUCUCCCCAGUCUUCCGCCUUCAAACUCAAUUCCUCAGACAAUCCCCUCCACUCCUGCCUCUCAACUACCUGCACCUCCCACCAUUCCCGCUGUCUAUAACCGACCUGCCAACUGGACGCAGCAGAUACCUGCGGGCCCACUGCCUCCGGUAGCGUCUGGCAUCUAUAAUUCCGCUCUAUCGGACCUGGCUCGUUAUCAUCAUAGUCCAUUCGGGGUGACGACUUCGACUGUUUCACCUGCGGUGUCGGCCUAUUCCGUCCACACACCCCAGACCCAGACUCAACUUUCUCCAUCCUUCUUUCUCGCCAACCGCAACUCCCCCUACAGGCCCGUUCGCUCGGUCCACACUCUCCUCAUUCCGCCCCCUUCCACGUCGAUGCAACAACAGCGUAGUGUGCCAUUUGAUCACAUGCAUUACCAGCCUCUGAGCAAAGGUGCCACUGACCGCAAGACCGGCCUGCUGCCAUACAUCCACCCAGACGCAUGGAAUCAGGGUUCCUUCCACUCUUUCUACACACCUUCCCAGACCUUUUCUGGCUGA